AUGGGCCUCAAGUUCAAGGGCGACAAGCCCCAAAAGAAGAAGAAGUCGACAUCGCGGCCCUCGUCAUCGUCACACGGCGGCAGCUCGAGCUCGCGCGCCGACCCGGACGCCCACCUUGAAGGGUGGCUCCCCGCCCCCUCGCCCGCGCUCCUCCUCGGCCCGAGCUACCUCGUCCUCCCCGCCACCGACCUCACCCCGCCAGUCUGCGUCGCGACCAACCCGACCACCGGCAAGGUGUACGCCCACGCGCUCCCGGCGCCGGGCGCGAGUGCGAGCGGGAGCGGCAGCGGCGGUGGGGCGGCGGCACUGCCAGCGUCCGCGCUCGCGGGCCUCGACGCCGACGAGCUCGAGGCGCUCGUCGACGCGGCCGAGGCGGGCGGCGCAGCAGGGGGCGGCGCGCACGAGGACCAGUACGAGCCGAGCGACGUGCACCACGUGUGGGUGUGCGCGCGCGUGCUCGACUCGAACGACAAGGUGACGCUGCGCAGCGGGGCGGGCCGGUUCCUCGCGAGCGACGAGCUCGGGCGCGUGAGCGCCGAGCGCGAGGCGCGCGGCAUGCAGGAGGAGUGGACGCUCGAGGCGGUCGAGGGCAAGCGGGACCGCAUGGCGAUCCGCAGCGCGUACGGCAAGUACCUGUCGGUCGACGUCGUCGCCGGCGGCAAGGUCGAGCUGCGCGCCGACGAGGACAAGGAGGGCGAGACGGAGCGGUGGCAGAUCAUGAUGCAGGGCGAGUACGUCGUCAAGGCCAAGCAGCAGUUCAACGAGCGCAACGGCAUCAAGACCAAGCCUGACGCCGGCUACACGGUCGUCACCGACCUCGCAGGCGCCGAGGUCGACGCCAUCAAGCGCUUCCAUCGCCACGGUCAAGGCUCGUCCUCGGUCGGUACGGCCGACGACGUCCGCAACCUCAAGAAGGCGCGCAAGGAGGGCCGCCUCGCCGAGGCCAUGCUCGACCGCCGCGCCAAGCUCAAGAGUGAUCGGUACUGCUGAGCUCGGAGCAGAGCGACUCGUCGGCUUGUAGUUCGUCGCCUUCGCAACACGCCCUGUCACUGG